AGACAAACAGCUUUUAUAUAACUCAUGGUCAAUUCAUUUUAUUUCUCAUAAACUUGUUUUAUUAUUAGAUAAAAAGCCGAGUUACCGAGUACUAUUAGAUUGCCAUUACAAGAGAAAAAAAGUUAAAUUUAUAUAAAUUGCAGUGCCACUGAAAUGAAAGUAACGUUAUUAAGCAUUAUAAGAUUGAUUGUUUAUGUUUUUGUGAAUUUUGUGAAUGGGAUUCCAACUAAAGAGCGAAAUAUCAUACAAAAUACUUUGCUUGAUCUAUUUGGAAAACAUAACCGUCCAAGACCCGACGUUUUCUCUCAUUUAGGUAGAAAUGAAACGUCAGCUAAGAAAUACAUGCUAGAUUUGUAUGAGUAUUCCGUAAACACAGAACGUCAAGGUAUGAAUAACUUCACAACCAAUUCACAAAAUAUAUCAAAUAUUGUUGACGAUGCGGAUACAGUUGUCAGCUUUUUAAACAAUGCAUAUGUACCAAGACCUAAUACUACUGACGAGUCGGGUGAAAUGUUUUUUGAUGUAUCUUCGAACUAUGUCGUAGAAAAAGUACUUGCUACUGCUCUUCAAGUAUACCUUGAUAUUACCUAUAAAACUGUGAUCGCAGAAAAGUUAAUAAUUUCUGUUUAUAAGAUAGUUGUCCCUAAGAAAAAGUACGUACUGCUGGCCUCAAAACUAAUUAACGCAUCAGUUUCUCAAUGGCAUGAGUUUAAUGUUUUAGAAGCUUCAUUAAGCUGGAUUGAGUUUUCAGAAACUAAUAAUGGAAUAUUAUUAGUAUGUCAAAAUCUACAAAAGGUAAAUAUACCUAUUGAAAGUUGCGGAAUCGUUGAUUUUAAAGGUCGAGAGGAAUUCAGACCAUUUUUAGUAUCUUUUUACCAAUCUGGUAAGGAGGAAGAGUUUCCCGCAAAACAAAUUCGAAAUACCGAAUCAACUUUAAAACUUCAAGAACGUUUAAGACGUAGUAUGCAAGAUAGUAUUUUUAUAGAAGCUGCAGAACAGUUGAGUUUCGUUCGAAAUAAAACGCGUUCAAAUGGCUCGGAAAAUAAUCUUGGAUCUCGUUGUGAUAAACAUCCAUUAUAUAUUGGAUUUAAAGAUUUAGGAUGGUCGGAUUGGAUUAUAGCACCUGAUGGCUAUCGUGCAAAUUACUGUGGAGGAGAUUGCAGUUUUCCACUUGAUAAUAACGCAAACGCAACAAAUCAUGCAAUUAUACAAACACUUGUUCAUAUGAUGUAUCCAGAGAUCAUUCCAAAGCCCUGUUGUGCGCCUAAUAAGCUGAACACAUUACAGGUUUUAUUUCUUGAUGAACGCAAUAAUGUUGUUAUGAAGCGCUAUUCAAACAUGAUAGUCCAACAUUGUGGAUGCCAAUAGGUUGAGUAAGAUAAGGUUUUCAAAUACCGAUAAACUGCCAAAAGCUAAGACAUUAGUUAUUUCUGUAUUCGUAGAAAGCAGUUAUUAAAACCUAAUUUGAAUAAAGUAAUACAGCGAAGACAUAAUUGUGGUCUUUAUUCUAUAACGUGAAACAACUUUUUGAAGUCUCAGACAACAUAAAGUGCGAGGUAAUAUUUAAAAAAGUGUAAAAAAAUUCAAACGUGAGAACAUAAAAUGUAUGGGUCAAGUAAAUUUAAUUGAAUCAUAAACAUAUACCAAAAAACUUCAGAAAUAUAUUGAUGCAUUUAUAUAUCAUAAAAAAUCUUUUACCUGUCUGCAGUUUAGUGGUACCAAAGUUUGUUGUCAGAGUGACAGUGGUAACAGAUGUUUGAUUGUUUUAUCUUAAGCAAAUACAUUUGUAAAUAUACAGUUGAAAAUAUAAAAUUAUAAAA